AUGUACUACGCAACGGAGGCUGGAAUGGAAGGAGGAACGAAGGGUACGGACCACAAAACAACGGAGGCUGGAAUGGAAGGAGGAACGAAGGGUAUGGACCACAAAACAACGGACGCUGGAAUGGAAGGAGGAACGAAGGGUAUGGACCACAAAACAACGGACGCUGGAAUGGAAGGAGGAACGAAGGGUAUGGACCACAAAACAACGGAGGCUGGAAUGGAAGGAGGAACGAAGGGUAUGGACCACAAAACAACGGAGGCUGGAAUGGAAGGAGGAACAAAGGGUAUGGACCACAAAACAACGGACGCUGGAAUGGAAGGAGGAACGAAGGGUAUGGACCACAAAACAACGGACGCUGGAAUGGAAGGAGGAACGAAGGGUAUGGACCACAAAACAACGGACGCCGGAAUGGAAGGAGGAACGAAGGGUAUGGACCACAAAACAACGGAGGCUGGAAUGGAAGGAGGAACGAAGGGUAUGGACCACAAAACAACGGACGCUGGAAUGGAAGGAGGAACGAAGGGUAUGGACCACAAAACAACGGACGCUGGAAUGGUAGGAGGAACGAAGGGUAUGGACCACAAAACAACGGAGGCUGGAAUGGAAGGAAGAACGAAGGGUAUGGACCACAAAACAACGGAGGCUGGAAUGGAAGGAGGAACGAAGGGUAUGGACCACAAAACAACGGAGGCUGGAAUGGAAGGAGGAACGAAGGGUAUGGACCACAAAACAACGGACGCUGGAAUGGAAGGAGGAACGAAGGGUAUGGACCACAAAACAACGGACGCUGGAAUGGAAGGAGGAACGAAGGGUAUGGACCACAAAACAACGGACGCUGGAAUGGAAGGAGGAACGAAGGGUAUGGACCACAAAACAACGGAGGCUGGAAUGGAAGGAGGAACGAAGGGUAUGGACCACAAAACAACGGAGGCUGGAAUGGAAGGAGGAACGAAGGGUAUGGACCACAAAACAACGGAGGCUGGAAUGGAAGGAGGAACGAAGGGUAUGGACCACAAAACAACGGAGGCUGGAAUGGAAGGAGGAACGAAGGGUAUGGACCACAAAACAACGGACGCUGGAAUGGAAGGAGGAACGAAGGGUAUGGACCACAAAACAACGGACGCUGGAAUGGAAGGAGGAACGAAGGGUAUGGACCACAAAACAACGGAGGCUGGAAUGGAAGGAGGAACGAAGGGUAUGGACCACAAAACAACGGACGCUGGAAUGGAAGGAGGAACGAAGGGUAUGGACCACAAAACAACGGACGCUGGAAUGGAAGGAGGAACGAAGGGUAUGGACCACAAAACAACGGAGGCUGGAAUGGAAGGAGGAACGAAGGGUAUGGACCACAAAACAACGGAGGCUGGAAUGGAAGGAGGAACGAAGGGUAUGGACCACAAAACAACGGACGCUGGAAUGGAAGGAGGAACGAAGGGUAUGGACCACAAAACAACGGACGCUGGAAUGGAAGGAGGAACGAAGGGUAUGGACCACAAAACAACGGACGCUGGAAUGGAAGGAGGAACGAAGGGUAUGGACCACAAAAAAACGGACGCUGGAAUGGAAGGAGGAACGAAGGGUAUGGACCACAAAACAACGGACGCUGGAAUGGAAGGAGGAACGAAGGGUAUGGACCACAAAACAGCGGACGGCGAAACCAUGGGUCCGGUUUCAAUGACAAUGGAAGAUGUGCACGAAUGA